CACUUCUCGCACACUCCCACCACCGUUACAUCCCCAGUACGCCUCUCAGAAUGCACACCUCAGCGGCUGUUGCCGUGCUCCUAUCCGCAGCUUUAGUGGCUGUAGCCCAGACUGUUGUUACCAUUCAAGUCGGAGCCGAGGCGGCAACGCCGGGUGGUAUCUACCAGUACAUGCCCCCAAACGUGACUGCGAGUAACGGCACAAUCGUCAACUUCGUGUGGCAGGGCUCCCCGGGAAACCAUACGAUCACUCAGUCGACGGCGCAGAGCCCUUGCCAGCCAAUGUCCAGCGGCUUCGAUUCUGGUUUCUUAUUCAUUCCCGCGAACACGACUAGUAACUUCCCGUCCUGGAACUUGACCAUCACCAACGACCAAGAGCCCAUCUACUUCUACUGCGCGCAGCUCAUCCCGGGGCCGCACUGCAGCACCUUCGGCAUGGUUGGCUCAAUCAACGCCCCCGCAUCGGGCACUGGCUCCUGGGAUGACGUCGUCAGUACCGCACUCGCGAGCAACGGUACGACGCCUGGGGAGCCGACGCCGGGCGCGUCGUUGGUUGGCGUGGACGUGAACGUGACUGCGCCUCCGGGGCCCGUCGGCACGUCGACCGACGGCAUCCAAGGCUUCGACCUCCCUGCUGCUACUCCUAGCCCCGCUGCAUCGAGCAACGCAAGUGGCUCUGGUGCGAGCACCGCCGGGAGCACUGCCGGACCGUCGGGCUCUACGACCGGUGGCGCCCCCGCACCCACUGGUGGCUCGAGCGGUGCAGCAGUCAAUGUCGCCAGCGGCGCGGCGCUCAUAUUCUCUGCGCUGCUCGGCACGUUACUACUUUGAGUCUCGCGUGAUCCAAAAUUUGGACUAUGCUAUCACCUCGCUGUGAUGUUCGACGUUUAGAGAGGAAGCGGAUGUGAUCGCCGUGUGGAGUCUACCCUUUCGAUUUCUUCUUUGUGCUCUGAUACCAGCUCUCUAUAACCGAUGUAUCCAGUUCAUUUCUAGCUUUGGAACGGAGAUUGUCGUUUGAAUCUGCCUUCGGAGGUGUAUACGAGCUGUUUGAGCAGCGUUUGUUUGACACUAUCUACUGUCCUCAGGCCCCAAAAGCAAACGCCAAAGCAGCUGGCAGCCGAGUUGGCGGGUCGCAGCGCACCGAAACGUUGCCCCCACCGUUUUGCAUGCAGGAGUGUUCCUUGUAGCAGGCUGAGAACGUAAUAAUUUACUCAUUAUGUAUA